AUGGCGCCCGCUCCCUCGUCCACCGCCGAGCAGUCGUCCACCCCGCUCGCCGACUAUUUCUUCAUCUCCGGCAUCGAGUCGUCGCAGGUCUACGACGAGCGCACCCAGAGCAAUGGCAUAGUCACCUCCCCGCUCGCCCAGCCCCCGGUCGAUGAGACCAUCGAAGAGGACCGCGCCCUCGAGACCGAUUCGAUCCGCCCAACCUCCCAGGAUGGCCUCUCCAACGGCGACUCCACGCGCCGGCGCUCUGCGAAUCGGUUCAGCGAGAACCGCCAGUCCAAUUGCACCAUCAUUGGCCCAGAUCCCAAGCAGACUGCGAGCAAUCGGAGCAGCGCCACCAUCAAGGGCGUACAGCUUGGCGGCUCCGGCCUCAGCGACCAGGACUUUGACAUUGCACUGCGCAAGUUCGCUUCCGAGCGUGAUACCUUUCUCGAGGAAAUUCAGUUUACUGCUGGUGUUGCGCAACAGGCCCGCUCCACCCCCACGAGGCCGCGACCCAGGCCACAGCGCGUGUCACAAGCUAACAAUGACGAUGGCGUCGGCAACCUCAGGUCCGGCGUUGGCAGCAUUCGACGGCGCAUCUCCACAAUGCAGAGCAGUCUGAAGCGCCAGUCGUCGACCGCAAGACAAUCCUCAAUCCGAACGUCGAAGCGCAUGUCCGGGUACAAUUCCGUCAUACCGGCACCGCAGCCCUUCAACCCGGAGCCGGAUAUGCAUCCUCUGCUACGCCGCUACGAGCCUGUUCUCCUAGAUCGUUACCCGCCACGGAACAUGGUCGAGGAACUCAAGAGGCGCAAUCCCUUUCCCGACUACGUGCCCAUGUUUGCAUUUCCUAAUGAUGUUAGUGUCGUCUCAUCUGACGAGCGCCCAAAGAGCCAAUGGCAUGGUUUCGCCAUGACGAAUGGAGAUGGCUCCAAACUUUACGGCAUCACCAUCAUCGUCUGGCUGCCUUUGAACGCCACCGCUGCAGAGGGCCUCGAGCGCCAAUGUGAGGAAUGGCGAAACUUGCACAUGAAUCCAGAGGAGCGCGAGCUGGCAAGCAGUUUGGGCGAGCGCCUAGCAUUGGAGCGCGCAAAACUAUCGCAACUACUGACCAAGCUUCCGUCUGUGGCCCCUGACUCGGAAGAGCGUGACGACUUGGACGACCAGAUCGGAGCCGUUGAAGAGAAGAUUCAACUCAUGACCGACUUACUUCGUCCCGUAAGGCACGGUGCCGCCUCCAAGAUCGAGGGACUGACUGACGGAGAGACCGGACUCUGGAUCCCCCGUGCUUACGGUGUAAUGGGUCGAGAUGCGAGUUUGACGCCUUUCUGGAAAGAGUGGCUGAAGGCCGUUGUUGUCCCCAUGACUACUGGCGCAAUCCUUCGAGUCCCCGCCAGCUCACCGCGAGUUGGCAUGUGGCAGCCGCUCGAGCGGUACGUGGUCAAUCUCUGUGCAGAGGCUCUUAGUCCGAUUACCUCCAUCACGCAGGUUGAACUGGCAGUCCGUGAGCUUCGCAUGUACGCCCGCAAAGAGGCAGUCAAUGAGCUGCCUGGCUCCCGGAACAUCGACAUCUAUGCCCUGUUCCGAUGCAUGUCCAUCCCCAACAUCAUUACGCUAUUCGAGUAUGUGCUCUCGGAAGCUAGGAUCAUUCUCCUCUCCUCACACACGGCUAUGCUGCAUCUGGCCAGUAUGGCGAUAACGAACCUGCUGUAUCCCUUCCAGUGGGCUGGUGUCUUCAUUCCAGUCUUGCCUGCUCGUCUGGUGCAGACGAUAGAAGCGCCAUGCCCAUACAUCGUAGGAAUCGAGCGUCGUUACGAGCCCGCCGAUUACCCCGACGACGACUACGUGCUCGUCGACCUGGAUGCUGAUUCAAUAGUCUCGAACGGUCCACCACCACCACCACUACCACGCCAACAGCGACGGAAACUCAUGUCUCUCCUUCAACAAUCUGCACCGCAUCAUAUGCGCUACGGUGUACCUACUGGCCCUCCUGCUUAUGCGGUAGAAGCCUUCCCAUACGACACUUUCGCCUCCGAGAAUCCUGGGGUAUUCUCGUACAGAGCACAUCCUUCGACUGUCCAGAACUACGUCGGGCUGAACUCGACGUCUUUUGGGACAAUGGUCGGAUCACCAAGCUCCAGACCUCUAAUCUACAACGCCUUCUUACAGUCAAGUGCGUCCAGUCGUGGAAACGACCGUCCUUCCACAGCGACUACCAUAAAGACAUACCAAUCUCCGCCUUCGCCCAAGGUUUCUCCUGUAUCGACAGUCUUCCCACCCAUGCCCAGUACUCCCAUCUCGCGUAGCGAUUCUGGCUACGCACUCCAGGCCAAUCUGCGUGAGAAACGAUCCGCUCACUUUGAGACCUCAAGUCGGCGAAGUUCAUCGUUUGGUUUCGAACGUGUCCCUCAAAUCCGGCGCCCCUCUCAGCCGUUCCUUGGCCAUGCACCGAGUGCAUCAACAUCGUCUCUGAGCCAUGAAUACAAGGCGGGGUCCUCGUAUGCGCCAUCAGUGUAUGCACAGUCAACUUUGGCUGCAUCCACUAUCAUGCCUGGUAUGGCUACGCAUCAAGUGCGCAACACUGCAACAACACAAUGGCAAGAAGGUCAUUGCUUGCAGUGGAGACCGAACGAGGACAAAGCCAUGUGUUCAAUAUGCGAGGAAAAGUCUGAUGACGGGUUGUAUCGUUGCACCGCUAGUGGCGAGCGCAAGAAGUCUGGUAUGACCUACCAAUUCAAGAUGGAUGAAUUUGUGAAGAGCCUGCCAGCCGAGAAUGUGCAGUAUAUCGAAACGCUGCAGCAGACACAAGCUUUCAACGAAUUUAUCCAUGAGCGUGAGAGCAAGUCUGCAGAUGAUCCUACCAUCAAACUUUUUGAUGAAGUCAUCCUGGCAAAGCGAAACCGCGGAAAAUCCUCAUUCUUUUACAAGUCCAAGGUCGACUUCUUGUCCGACACAACAGACCAUCUUUGGCGCACUGCGUCUGCGACUCCACCGAAUUCUCGCUUCCCGGGUGACUAUCGCUCUGUGAUCAGCCGAAUCCCCGCGAAGCUCGAUCCCACACUCAUGAAAGAACCGCGUGUCAUUCAAGGCGUGCCACGCGUCCCUCAAGGCAAAGCCCGCCGCAAGCCCAUUCCAUCCAUGCUCGGGCCUAACGGCAACAGCCCGCCACAAAUCCAUACCUCAUGA